AUGGCAGUUAAGGUUCUAAGCCUCGAUCCUUCAGACAGUGUUAAUCAAGAAUCGGCUCCCUUCAUUGCCACGCCCCCGAACAUGAAUCUCAACUUCGACUUUGAGCCCUUGGAGAUCAGGCAAGACCAGACCGGUGGCGAUCUUACCGAGCAUCCACACGCCGAGGAGCACGAUCUACUGCGUCGUCAUCGAGGCGACACAUACACAGCAUUGCCAUCGAUUGAGGCGUCGGCCAAGUCAGACGCGAGAGAGACUGAGCGAGUGCAGACAAUUCGUAACAAAGCCGGCGGUCACAGCGAUAAAUUCAUCGUUGCAUGCCCGCUGUCUGCGGUUGAGCACGAUCUUGGCCUUCCGGAGACGUGCUCAGAUCUACAAGCUGGUAACAUGACACAAAUCCGCAUUCACCUCAUCCGGCAUCAUCAUAUGUCAGUGCAACUUUGCAACGUAUGUCUGCAAACUGUAUUAGAUCCUGAAGUGUACGAGAUGAUCCAUGGAAUGAAGUGCCCCAAUCCUAACCCUCACAAAGUAGCACCAGGUAUCGAUGGCGUGCGACAAGAGUUAAAGGAGCUGUACACGUACCUGCGCGAACGUAUGGAACCAUCCGCCGUCGAAGUAGUCAAUGAGUCUGAACGGGCGAGCGAGGUACGUUACGUAUUCGCCGCCGAAGUUUAG